AUGUCGGAUCUGGGCUUUGAGGAGAUAGAGGAGGAGAGGGAGAACUAUCUCGGGGAAUAUGAAGGAGACCGCAAUGAGGCAGGUGAACGACAUGGAAAAGGGAAGGCAAUAUUGCCCAAUGGGGAUAUAUAUGAUGGAUAUUAUGAAUUUGGUAAAAGACAUGGUCAGGGGACCUACAGAUUUAAGAAUGGUGCUCGAUACAUUGGAGAAUACCAACAAAAUAAAAAACAUGGUCAAGGCUUGUUUAUCUAUCCAGAUGGAUCAAAAUAUGAAGGAGACUGGGCAGAUGACCAAAGGCAUGGCCAUGGAGUUUAUUACUAUGUAAAUAAUGAUACAUACACUGGAGAAUGGUUUGCUCACCAAAGGCAGGGGCAAGGCACAUAUGUCUAUGCUGAGACUGGCUCUCAGUAUGUUGGUACUUGGUUAAAUGGACAACAGGAGGGAUCAGGAGAAUUCAUUCACCUCAACCACAGAUACCAGGGCAAGUUCGUAAAUAAAAAUCCAAUGGGCCCUGGAAAGUAUAUUUUUGAUAUUGGAUGUGAACAGCAUGGUGAAUAUAAACUUUCAGAUAUGGAAAGAGUGGAAGAGGAAGAAGAAGAAGCUUCAACUGCUCUUCCGAAGUGGAAAGCUCAAAAAAUUACCCCAUUAGAACUCUGGAAACCAGCUCCUGUGGAAGAGCCACCACAGCCUGAAGUGGCCCCAGUAUUGGAGGAGCCACAAGCUUAUUAUAUUUCGGUUGGCGAAGGGACUGAGGAUGUUCAACCUCUUACUGAUUAUUCAGAAGCGGAAGACCUUGAAGGAGUAACGAAACAGGGAGAAGACAUCGAAGAAGUGAGAGCUGAAAGCAGAGAGGAAGCCUGCCAGCUUGGUGAGGGCUUGUAG